AUGUUUCUCAGCCCAAGCUAUUGGGCAACUAUAUCACGUAGAAGAGAAGAUAGACGACCACUUUAUCGUCGAAUCCUCACCAAUCGUCGGUUGGAUAUUCUACAUAAAACUUUUGUAAGAUCAAUCCUUGGUUUUAUUUUGUUCAGUACGUCGUACUGUAUCGUUAAUACAGGGAUAUAUUAUAAAUACGUACGUCCACUUCGUCAAGAGGAAAGGGAACAGUUGGAACGAGAGUUGAUCGAAGCUGACAGAGCUGGUUUUGGCAUAAAUUUGAAGUAG